UCGAACUUGAACUUGUACAUCAGACCGAUAAUACACAGCCAACACGAUGCUAUCACUUGUACUUUCUGCAGAGCUCUCAGGAGUCAACCAACUCCGUCCUCAGGACACAGAGGACGACCCUUAUUUCUACACGUUCAAGGUACAAUGUACGUCAUGUCGAGAGGUGCAUCCGAACUGGAUCAGUUUUACGCGGUUUGAACAGCAUGAAAUCCCCGGAAGUCGCGGAGAAGCCAACUUUGUGUGGAGAUGCAAGCUGUGUCAGAAAACUCACUCUGCUACCGUGACAACCGGCCCGAACGCCUACGAAGCCGACGAGAAGCGCAAAGGUCAAAAGAUCAUCGAUCUCGACUGUCGGGGAUUGGAAUUUAUCGAGUUUAAGCCGGAUGGCGAAUGGGAAGCCAAAGGAGCCGAGUCGUCGACGCCGUUUACCGGGAUUGAUCUGUUGGAUGAGUGGUAUGAUUAUGAUGAGAAGGCGGGGGAUGAGGUUUCUGUUAAGGAGAUUAAUUGGGACAUUGUGAAAGUAUAACUGUCAUGAGGAAUAAAACGGGAGCAUUUAUGGAGUUGGAGUCUGGCUGUGUACUUCUAGUCGGGUUGAGAGUGAUGGCUUGUAUGACUACCCACGAGAAAUUGACACGACGCUCAACUAUGUUAGAGCCACGCAUGAGAGCAAUAG